UGGUCAGGCGAGGCGCUCCUUAUAAAUAGCCAGGGCGUGGAGCUGGCCCACCCACUUCCACCUGCAAACGCGAGUGUUGUGAUUUGUAGCUGAAUCGGGGUGAAAACUGAGACAGAGCCGCCAUGCGGGAGAUUGUACACAUCCAAGCCGGCCAGUGCGGGAACCAGAUUGGAGCCAAGUUCUGGGAAGUCAUCAGCGAUGAGCACGGCAUCGAUCCUACUGGCAGCUACCACGGAGAAGGUGAACUGCAGCUGGAGCGAAUCAACGUCUACUACAAUGAAGCUGCUGGAAACAAGUAUGUUCCCCGUGCAAUCCUUGUUGACUUGGAGCCUGGGACAAUGGACUCAGUCAGGUCUGGACCUUUUGGCCAAAUCUUUAGGCCUGACAACUUUGUUUUUGGUCAGAGUGGUGCUGGAAACAACUGGGCCAAGGGCCAUUACACAGAGGGUGCCGAACUAGUGGACUCUGUGCUGGAUGUGGUCAGGAAGGAGUCUGAGAGCUGCGACUGCCUUCAGGGCUUCCAGCUCACCCACUCGCUGGGCGGUGGCACAGGCUCUGGGAUGGGCACCCUCCUCAUCAGCAAGAUCAGGGAGGAGUAUCCCGACAGGAUCAUGAACACCUUCAGCGUAAUGCCCUCACCCAAGGUGUCGGACACAGUGGUUGAGCCAUACAAUGCCACCCUCUCCGUCCACCAGCUGGUGGAGAACACAGAUGAAACCUACUGUAUUGACAAUGAGGCCCUCUAUGACAUCUGCUUCCGCACACUGAAGCUCACAACACCGACCUAUGGGGACCUCAACCACUUGGUCUCGGCCACCAUGAGUGGAGUCACCACCUGCCUCCGGUUCCCUGGACAACUCAAUGCAGAUCUUCGCAAGCUGGCGGUCAACAUGGUGCCUUUCCCUCGCUUGCACUUCUUCAUGCCAGGCUUUGCUCCACUGACUAGCCGUGGCAGCCAACAAUAUCGGGCCCUGACAGUGCCAGAGCUCACCCAGCAGAUGUUUGAUUCCAAAAACAUGAUGGCGGCCUGCGACCCACGCCAUGGACGCUACCUGACCGUGGCGGCCAUCUUCCGAGGCAGGAUGUCCAUGAAGGAAGUUGACGAACAGAUGCUCAACAUCCAAAACAAGAACAGUAGCUACUUUGUGGAAUGGAUCCCCAACAACGUGAAGACGGCAGUAUGCGACAUCCCGCCACGAGGCCUCAAAAUGUCCGCCACAUUCAUCGGCAACAGCACAGCCAUCCAAGAGCUCUUCAAGAGGAUCUCUGAGCAGUUCACCGCCAUGUUCCGGCGCAAGGCCUUCUUGCAUUGGUACACCGGUGAGGGCAUGGAUGAAAUGGAGUUCACAGAAGCCGAGAGCAACAUGAACGACCUGGUCUCCGAAUACCAGCAAUAUCAAGAUGCUACUGCUGAUGAGCAGGGCGAAUUUGAGGAGGAAGGUGAAGAAGACGAGGCUUAGGAUUGACGUUGGUUUAGUACAGUUAGGCGAGUGUCGGGGUGUAGUCUGUUCAACUCUACUGGUGCAUGUUUUUUUAAUACUGGUGAUCUUUAAAUUCUUUGCCUCUAGCAACUGUUUUUGUGAUCCUUAUGCUAUGUAAGUCAAAUGUUCAUUCAUGCAUUAAUUUGCAGGAUCAUAUGAUAAAGAGCAGUGGUUCUCCAACUUCUAGAAGCCCAAGACCUCUUGAUUAAAUGUCAGGGAUUUUGAGACAUCCAAAACAUCUGGAGAAUCCAAAGAUUGAGAAAACUGCUCUAGAAUGAGAUUUGGCAGAUGAAAAAGUCAUGUCAUAAACUAGUAGAAGAAAACCCAGGUGAUAUGAAUUUGUCCUCUUACUUCAGUGAGUGUCUUGCUAGUCUAGAAAUAACUUAAAUGAUUCUUAAAUCUUAAAAAUUAACUGCUGGGAUUAAGCAAUAUCUUGUUCUUGUAUUUUUUGGUGAUACUGAAGUUACUGCUAACAUUCAAAGUUAUAUUGAAAAGAUAUUUAAAUAGAUCAUUUAAAAUGAGGGGACUAUAUCAGCUGCUUUACAAUAAAAUGUAGUGGCUAAACCAGGCAUGGGCAAACUUUGGGCCUCCAAGUUGACUUCAACUCCCAGAAAUCCCAGUCAACUUACCGGCUGUUAGGAAUUGUGGGAGUUGAGGUCCAAAACACCUGGAGAGCCGAUGUUUGCCCAGCUAAACUCUUUUUCCUCUAGUGCAGUGGUUCUCAACCUGGGGUCCCCAGAUGUUUU